CUUCCGAGACAGACGCGGAAGUGUUAGAAAGCACCGGCAGCCGGUUCCAGUGCAAGGUUUCUGGCCCUGCUGUCCUCCUUGAGGACAUCCUGGAGAACUAGAUUCCUGCAGGCCCGAUUCCGCCAGAUCAGAGCAGACAAAACCGGAGCUCCUUCCCGCCCCUAGGUCUCGGAGCCGAUGUCGGCCGCAUCCUGGAGCCCCCGUAGUGGGGCCGGACCAUGAGCCUUUUGGUUUGCCUGGCCUCGUCGCCCCUGGCCCCGCUGCACUCCAGCAAGGCCAGGAUGAAAAAGCUCCCGAAGAAAAGCCAGAACGAGAAGUACCGGCUGAAGUACCUGCGGCUGCGAAAAGCGGCCAAGGCUACGGUGUUUGAAAAUGCUGCUAUUUGUGAUGAAAUCGCUCGUCUUGAGGAAAAAUUUCUUAAAGCAAAAGAAGAAAGAAGGUACUUGCUAAAGAAGCUCCUUCAACUUCAGGCUCUAACUGAAGGAGAAAUACAGGCUGCAGCUCCUUCCCACAGCUCCAGUUUGCCCCUGACUUAUGGUGUGGCCAGCUCUGUGGGAACUAUACAGGGAGCUGGACCCAUUUCUGGGCCCAGCACUGGGGCAGAGGAACCAUUUGGGAAGAAAUCCAAGAAGGAAAAAAAAGAAAAAGGCAAGGAAAACAGCAAACUGGAAGUUCUGAAGAAAACAUCCAAGAAAAAGAAAAUGGAGGGAGGUGCUCGCAAGCUGGUUCAGCCCAUUGCCCUGGAUCCCUCAGGACGGCCUGUGUUCCCCAUCGGACUAGGGGGUCUAACAGUAUAUAGCCUGGGGGAGAUCAUCACCGACCGACCUGGCUUCCAUGAUGAGAAUGCCAUCUACCCUGUGGGCUUCUGCAGUACUCAAGUUUACACCAGCAUGAGGUGCCCAGACCAGAAGUGUCUGUACACCUGCCAGAUCAAGGAUGGCGGUAUGCAGCCUCAGUUUGAAAUUGUUCCUGAAGAUGACCCCCAGAAUGUUAUUGUCGGCUCUUCUGCAGAUGCUUGUCAUGCAGAACUGCUCAGGAUGAUAAGUGCUACUAAGGGGGAACUAAUGCCUAACCUGCUUCCAUCUGGAGCUGACUUUUUUGGAUUUUCUCAUCCAACCAUUCACAACCUGAUCCAGAGUUGUCCUGGAGCUCGAAAAUGUGUCAAUUACCAGUGGGUGAAAUUUGAUGUAUGCAAACCUGGAGAGGGGCAGCUACCCCAGGGACUGUCAGAGAAUGAUGUAGCUGUGAGUUUUGAAGCCUUUCAGAGACAGACCUUUGAUGAAGAGCAUAAUGAUCCCAUUCUACCAGGAUCCUUGGAGCUCCCUGAGCUUCAGCCUGCAGCCUUUGUGUCAUCUUACCAGCCCAGGUUCCUGACACAGGGACCCUUGGUGGACACUCACCUGCAGCACCUGAAGUCUCCAUCACAGUGCAGCCCAGUUCAGCCUUCAGAUUGAACAAAGAGGGAUCAGAGCCCACAUCAUUUUCAUCAGGAUGGAUUUUUAACUUAAACUAAAAUUUAGAAUAUAUGGAAGAAGGCAUCAGUUCAGGAGUAAAGAAGACAUUAAUGCAUCUCGUCAUGAAGGUUCCUAUGGUGACAGGUUACCCUGAAAAAACUGUGUUGAUUUAUUUUUAGUAAUAAAUUUCUCUUGACAUUUUGCUCAUUA